CAAUUGUCAAUUGACAGUAAUUGAAGUUUUGUGUAUCAAUCAAACAUACAUACCUGCUACUUCUUAUAAAAUAGACAGGGCAUAUUAUUAUAAAACAUGCACAAUUGUUUGUUAUCGUAUUGUUUCAUUUUCAUUUUAAGUAUUUUUGUGUGUAAGAGUGCUCAUACCAAUAAUUGGGCAGUAUUGGUAGACACUUCCAGAUUUUGGUUUAACUACAGGCAUGUAGCUAACGUUUUGUCCAUUUACAGAAGUGUUAAGAGACUUGGUAUACCUGACAGUCAAAUAAUUCUGAUGGUCGCAGACGACAUGGCAUGUAAUCCUCGAAACCCCAGACCAGCUACUGUGUUCAACAACGCCAAUCAACACAUCAACGUUUACGGAGAUGAUGUAGAGGUGGAUUACAGAGGUUAUGAGGUUACAGUAGAGAAUUUUGUGCGUCUGCUGACUGGUCGUCUACCACCUGACACGCCCAGAUCCAAGCAGCUUCUGACAGACGAGGGCAGCAACGUCCUGGUCUACCUGACGGGCCACGGAGGCGAUGGAUUCCUCAAGUUUCAGGACAACGAGGAAGUCACAAGUCAAGAGCUGGCUGACGCUCUGGAGCAGAUGUGGCAGAAAAGAAGGUAUCAUGAAAUAUUCUUCAUGAUUGACACCUGUCAGGCGGCGUCAAUGUAUGAGAAGUUCUACUCACCAAACAUUCUUGCAGUAGCUAGUAGUUUGGUCGGGGAAGACUCCCUUUCGCAUCACGUGGACCCAGCCAUCGGUGUGUACAUCAUUGAUCGAUACACUUACUAUGCACUCGCAUUCCUAGAGAAGGUCCACCCUGACAGUGCCAAGACUAUGGGAGAGUUUCUGGCCGUCUGUCCCAAACGAGUGUGUAUAUCUACGGUUGGAGUCAGGAAAGAUCUAUUUGCCAGAGAUCCUCACACGGUUCCGAUUACUGACUUUUUCGGCGCUCUCCGACCCGUUGAAUUCAUCUCUACUGACAAUUCUAUUAAUUUGACGAUUCCUGAGAAAUUUGAAAGGAAACAGCAGCCUGAACUACCAAAGAAAAAAUUUGUUUAUGCAUCACAGUUUCCUAAUGUCGCUAAGUCAAAAGUUGAACUUUAAACUAGUUUUUUUUUAGAUGUGAUCAUGUACAAAUUGUAAUGUAUUUAUGUGCAUUUUCAUUGUGAAUAUACCAUUUUUUAAUGUAAUUUAGGUCCAUGUCAUUCAUGUAAAAUUGUCAUAUUUAGUUUAGUUUUUUUUUAGUUACGAUAAUAACAAAAGACUAUUUGCAAAUCUGUGAAUUAUCCUGAACUAAAAGUUUAAUGGUUGUAUGCUGAAAUAGAAGAGUAAUUUGUUUUUAUCACAGUAAUAACUUUAAUGAGGUAUGUUUUUCAUAGAGAUGGGUUGGUUUUCAAAUCCAGUUGUCGGUUAUAUAGGUUUUUAGCAAAUUAGCCAAAAUGGAAAAUUGUUGGCCAGUUGAUAAUGUUUGAUUUGUUUUAACAGUUGCCACGCAGUAAUUUUGUGACGAAUGCAGGAGAUGAUGCUCUUGAUUUUAUGGCGAUCGCAUAAGACAUUGACAAUAGUCUUGGGAUCCCAGAUUAUAGUCAUGAUGAAAUUGUGAUAAAUUACACUACAUUAAAAUUAUGAUUACUAAUGCUACCACUGUUUUUCAAAGUCAAAACCAAUGAUUAAUUUAUUUUGGCUUAAAAUAGUUUUGUUGAACAGUGCAAAUCACAGUUUUGUUAAGCUGUGUGACGUUUGAAAUUUUGUUCCAUUCUAAUAGUUUGAAAUUAAAUUUAUGAACAUAGAAGAGAUGACGUAAGAAAUAAAGGCCGGCACCUAAGCAAUUUUCGCUGUAAGUGGCAGAGUUAGACCUCUAAAACUACCUAAAAAUUUGAUUUAAAUUUUAAAUACAAAUAUGUAUUAAAUGCAAGUAUGCAUUCGCAAAACCAUUGCCGAUUACCAAAGAGAAUUUUUUUUGUAAAUUGUGCUCGCUUAGUUUAUGAAAACAUUGUCACUAAAGCUUUAUUACUUUUGCCAUUUGCUAAAUUUUUUUUUUUAUUAAUUGAUGGGACAAUUAUUUCAUGUGUACUCAAAUAAAUACUAGUGUUGGUAAAGCUUGGGGUUUAACCCUAGUUAUUGGUGAAGUUGUUAUAAACGACAGAUACAGGCUAUCAAUUAAUCAAUAAAGUCGCAAGUACCUAGUCUAAGAAUAUUGUGUAAUAGAAUGUAAUUUAUUUAUUUAUUUUUAUUGUGUAAUUGUAUUAUUUUCAGUUUAA